GUGGUGAACACACUGACUCCGGCCGGAUGAUGAGUUCUGCUCAGAGGGAAAGCGUGCUGGAGGCCAAACUGGAGGCCCUGCAGUGUCACUUCACCUGGGAUCUGGACUUCAGCAGGUCCAAACUUUUACGAAUCAGGGACAAGUUGCAGGACAUCGGCACCGAGGAGGGAUACAGCUGGCUGGGCCAUAUAUACAACCUGCAGGGCCACAUCCACUUCCAGCUGGGUUGCACCACUGGUGCCAGGCGUUUCUUCAGCAGGGCUGCCGAGGCCUUCCGCCAGAUUAGAAACACCGUCACAGACGAGGGUCCCUGGCUGGUGGUGAACUACAGUAAUCUGGCUUGGCUGAACUACCAUGAAGGAGAGAGAGCAGAGAGUCAGGCCUGUCUGUUGAAGGUCGAGGCCCUGAUGAGAGAAUAUCCAUCUCCAUGGCAGGGCGAGCUGCAUCCAGAGGUCUACGCUGAGAAAGCCUGGACUCUGAUGAAGUACAGCAGAGACCACAAGCUGCUGGCUGCUGAUUACUUCCACACAGCCAUCAGGAUGCAGCCGGACAUGAAAGAGUGGCAGACCAGCCACAUGCUGGCAGUAGUUAAUGCCUUUAAACACAGCAACAACAAAGUCAGGGCUGACAUCUUGGACAAAAUGAAAAUAGCAAAGGACCACGAUCCAGAGAACUUGUACCUUGCUGCUCUCUACCUUGAAGCGUGCGCCACAAAUGAACAAAACAUUGUAGAGGAAGCGCGUGCGUUGGCCCACAGAGUCUUGAUCAAACCCGUUAGCAGCUACAGUGGUAUCAAACCAUUACUUAGGCUGUACAGAACGUACGUAUCUAUGGAUGAGGCUAUUGAUUUGGCAGAGGGGGCUCUGGAAAGGCAUCCAGACGAGCGUUACCUGAAAAAGUGUGCUGCGGUCUGCUACAAAAUGAGAAUCCUUUUACACAGGGACACUCCUGUGGAACGAAGCAUGGUUGAAAGAGCCAUCAGCCUCUACAGGGAGGUGAUUUCCCUUUACCCUGACUCGUCACUGAAGAGUAAAAUAUCCCUUGCAACCAUAUAUGCACAUUCAAAUCACAGCCCAACUGCAGCCGAGCAGAUCUAUAAAAAACUGCUCGACAGUGACAUGGAUGCCAAAGCGGCUCAAAUGGUUUACAACUUCUAUGCAAAGCAUUUACAUUUGUUCCAGAAGGAGAGCUACAGGUCUAUAGAAUUCCACAUGAGGGCAGCAGCGAUUCCCCAACUCUCUUUCUUCAGGGAGAACAGCAUCAGUAUCCUGGAGAGGAUCAGAGACAGGAACAGAAACCGAAUGUGUGGAGAAAUAGCCGAGUUUCUGGCUGAACUUAAACUCUAAUAACGUAUGAUACAAGGGGACAUUUAAAGGGAUGUUACAGGUUUUCAUUGUGCGGUUGUAUGAGGUAGUGACACAAGGCACUGCCAGUGCUGUGCAGUAAACCAGACACUUGCUCUCCUGCAACAGUGUGUAAUCCAUAAUCCAAAUUUAUUGUAGAAUAUUAGAUGUAUAUUAUUAGAGGAGUUCUGUAUUUGAAGUGUUCUGUGCAGAUUUACCUCAGUGACACAACACUUGUGUUCAUGAUCAAUUAAAUGCUGCAAAUCUUCCAUUUUCCAUUUUGAAUUUUACUCAUUUAGCCCAAAAGAUUUUCAUAAUAAUAACUGGGGGAGGCCCGUGGCCAAGAGGAAAGGGAACUU